AUGAGUUCUGAAUCGAGUUACAUACCUGAUGAUGGUAAAAACGAUGUAGUUGGGUAUAUCAGUGUUUUGAUAGCGAUAUUAUGUUUUGGGUCGAAUUGGGUUGUAGUAAAAAAGUUUCCAUCGGGGGAUGGCUUUUUUUUGCAAUGGAUGAUGUGUAUAGGGAUAUUGAUAAUAGGGACUUUUACUAUGUUAAUUCGAGCAACCACACAAGGUGGUCCGAUAUAUUUUGAACCAUUUGCGAUGCUUGGUGGUGCGUUGUGGUGUACUGGAAAUAUAUUAUGUGUUCCUGUAUUACAAAUGAUAGGAUUGUCAUUAGGCCCAGCCAUAUGGGGCAUAGGAAAUAUGAUUACUGGAUGGGUUACUGGAACUUUUGGACUCUUUCAUCUUCACUCCGACAAAGAUGAUAUCAAGAUCUUUUGGUUAAAUUGUGUAGGUGUUGUGUUAGUUGCUUUAUCCGUGCCUCUUUAUGCGUUUAUACAAACAAAAGUAAAGAAAAGUGAUGAUAAAACUCUUCAACAAGAGAACGAAACAGAGAAAGAAGUGUUAUCACAGCCUUUGGUGUUACCUCCCGAAGGAUCUUCAAUACCACGCGAACUUCCAUCUUCUUCUUCACUGGAGAUUAAAGAGCAUCCCAUUGAACAAGAAGAGUCCCCUAUUUUCGUCAUCUUACAGAAAUUACCGACCAUCCCAAAAAAGAUUCUUGGCGUCUCUUUGGCUCUCAUCGCGGGCGUUUUCUUCGGGUCAAAUUUCGACCCCCCAAAAUACUUACAAGACAACGGACUCUUCUCCCCAAACGGACUCGACGUCGUCUUGGCACAUUUCUUAGGUAUUUUUAUUACGUCUACUAUCUACUUCAUAUGCUACGCUAUUUGUUUCAGAAAUAAGCCUUUCAUGUAUCGAGAAACAGCAGUCCCAGGAAUGAUCAGCGGAAUGAUGUGGGGUGUGGCACAAGUCUGUUGGUUCAUUGCUAACACCAACUUACCGUACGUCGUAUCAUUCCCUUUGAUCACAUCGGGUCCUGGACUUCUCUCACAAUUGUGGGGGAUUCUUGUCUUUGCGGAAGUUAGAGGGUGGAAAAAUUUCACACUCUUCGGUGCUGGCACUUUCAUUUUGAUUAUUGGUAUCGUUUGUAUCGUAUGCUCAAAGUGA